GACAAACAAACCUCCCUUUAAGAGACUGUCCCUUUAAGAAACUUCACCUGGACACACCUGAACUUCCACUACGGGAGUUUCACUUCAGUAGAGGAAAAAACAAUACAGAUAAAAAACAACAUCCUGUCCUAAGUUAUGGGGACAAUAGACACGGGCCCUCCUGGACCACCAGCGAUGCCCCAAACGCUUGAAUGGGUAGCAGAUGUGGACAAGAUAAAAAAGGAAGUGAACAGCACUGAGAAGGAAGAAGAAGAAGAGGAAAUGGUCAAAUCUGCGAGUAUGGAACCUAGUACCCUACAGUGGUCUGAGAAUAAACCCGAACCACAGAUUCUGCCACCCAAGGACGGAGAGACCAGAAGCAUAGAAUCAGAUUGCACCUCACAGCGCGGUGGAGUAAGCCGGACGGAGAGCGAGAGGGAGGAAUUUGGGCUGAGAGAGAAGGAGAAGACAGGUGAGAGAUGGAGGGAGAUGGAAACAGAGAACGAGAGAGUUUCUGACACUGUGCUGAGAAACCGAGUGAAAAGCACCUGCUCGGAGAUAGAGGUGGAGGAGGUGAACAUAAUGCCAAAGAAUGCAGCCAGAGUCUUCAGCCCCAGCAUCACUAUCCUGCGCUCCACCAGCCAGCAGGAGGCUGCAGACCGCUGGAGAGAUGAAGAAGAGAGAAGCCCCUUCCUGGGGGGACAUGGGACACAUGGAACACCGCUAGAAGAGUAUUACCAGGACUGGCCCAUCGAACACGAAUCACGCUGCUGUAGCUGUGGAGGAUCUAAUCGUGAUGCUCUUAAACUGGGUGCGUCCAUGUUCACUUCUGCCCUUAUCUUCCCCUUGUUGGUGUGGGGCGGCUACGUCUUCCUGCCCUUUGAUGCUCCUUUGCUUGACAGCGCCCCCCUACGGCUGGUCUACACGCUGCGCUGUUCUGUUUUUGCAGUCAUACCUAUUGUGCUUGGUAUGUUGGUACUAGGUGUGUCCCGUCUGUGGUAUCGCUCCUUGAAGCCGCGGUUUGAGGGGGAGAGAGAGAAGAAGCAGGUGGCAGUUCACCAGCGCUAUGUGGAGGACUCCAUUUCCCUUUUUCUCCUUUACUUUCUCCAACUGGCUGUCAUGGCUGCCUAUCUGAAUCAGGAUCUGCUUAAACUAAUUCCUCUUCUCACCAUCAUUUUUGCCUUUGGCAGACUACUGUACUGGGUCGCAGCGGCUUGUGACAGCAGUUUGAGAGGUGUUGGCUUUGGGUUCUCAUUUCUGCCGAUGCUGGUUAUGCUGGUGGCCAACCUCUACUUCAUCUUCCUCUCUGAAUCCGGAGGCUCCAUCUUUGCCCCAGACGUCCCAGAUGCACCUGUUCCUCCAUCCAAACAGCGGUUCUGGGGCUAAACAUGCCACAUCUGACACCUCUGCUACUGCCAAAUGUAGACCAGAUCUUUCUAGGCUUAGAGCCAUCUUAAAUUGGACUAGAAGACAUUUGCAUCUGAGAAUAUUUAAUCCAACUGUGAUUUCACUUUCCUCUCCUGUUCUUUGCUUUCAUGAGUACUUUUAUAUCAUGACCAGGUGGGAUGAAAUUGCCAGAACGGAAAGAGAGGAGGGAUAGAACAAAGGGGGGAGUCCUUUUUUUCCUUUCUUGAACUAAUUUAUAAAUAGGAGUUGUGUAGUGAAACUUUAGACACUAAACUACAAAUUAAAAUGAACUACCCUUUGUUGCAGUCAAACAUGAACACAAAGCAGAUGCAGAACAAGAUUCAUCAUCACUCAAAAUAGACUGGUUUCUAUUUUAAAAUGAGAAUGUCAACAAGAAGAAAACAAAAUUCCACAUAUUUAUUUCACAAUAUGUAUUUUGUUAAAAUUUGGUUAGGCAAUGUUUGCUUAUUCAAGUGGUGUGUGAAGUCAGUGGCCUGCCCAAACUUGUAAUUUUCCACAACCACUCCUCCGUCUCUCUUUGAUAAUUUAAGGGAAAUGUGAUGUUUACUGUAUGCAAGAAAGUGUAGACGUAUAUUUUCAACAGAUUUGUAAAGAGGAAUAUAAAGGUACAACGCCAGUUAUCAGUUAUAAGAUUUUAUAAGUGAAGUACUAAUCAAAGCUGCAAAGAGAAACAGAAAGCUUAGCGCUAAUUAAUGUAUUAAGAUGGAAUUCAUUCCUGUUUGUAUUUUCAUAAACAUUAUUUUUAACAAAUCCAAUAUUUUCUGAACGACUGUUUUUGUGCAUAAAUUAAAUGUAAAAACGUUCGUUGCAAAAGACUGGUCGUUUAAAACCUGUUCAACAAGUUAAAUUUUUUGUCGGAGGGCAAAAAAGUAUUUCCGACUACCUGAUGUCAUUUGAUAGCUCGAAUACAUGGAAAGUUGACGGCGAAGCUACAGCAGUAUUUAUAAUAAUACUUUAGUCAUAUACUGUAUAAAUCUAACGCCGAGGCAUGACAUCUCAAGGCCGAAGAAAACACAGCACUUGUUUGUUUCGGAGGGUGAACUGUCCGUUUCGAAAGCUGAGGAGAAACAUGUGCAAUGACUCGAGGAGCACACUCGUGCCCACUGGAGGCCAGUGGAGUACAUUGGAAACACCGCAGGCAGGAUCCUCUGGGUCAAACUGCGGGAUAAGAGUCGAGACUUACUCGAGACUCCCUCAGUCUGAUUCCCCCCUGCAAGAAGAGUUCUCAGCCAUGGACACAGAUAUGGAUGCACCAUCUGGUUCGGGUUAUGCAGUGUCAGACGCUCCAGGACCUUCCAACUUAAGCCUCAUUAACCCGCAGUGCCGCCUAUCCUCCAGCGAUACGAUCAUGGAUCUGGACAGUGGAGUAGACCCUGAGACAGGAGAGCGAGCCCAGGGAUGACAUCACAAAUCUGUGGCAUAUCAUCAAAUGCUGGAUAUCGCAACCCAUGACUGCAAAUCUGGGGACAUUUGAAUGUAUUUUGUCUCUAGGCAAAGUCUGCAGGCAGAUUGAAUAUUUGAUGAUAUAUUAGAUCCGAGUGCCUUUCAGCACAGCCAAAACUGCAGAUGAAACAGCUUUGGUGGUGCUGCAAUCCAAAUAACUAAAUCAUCUUAGCAGCUGAAAUAUUGUCAAGUAGCAGUAAACCUAUGCAGAUUUGCAGAUCAACUGAUUGUUUUGUAAUUUAUGGGUGGUCUUCCCUUCCAGAUCGUUUAAAAUUUAGUGAAUCUGAACAUUUCCAUUGGACUCAAGUAUUGUCUGUUACUUUAUCUGUGAAAGAUAAUGAAACAAAUAAUACAAGAGUAAAAUAUUCUAACGGUGAUGCUUUAGAAAGAAGCAAUUUAUUCUACUGUAUUGUUUUUGUAAUAUAUCUUUUAAAGCAUUUUUGUAUGCAUGUGUAUUUUGUGUUUUUGUUACUGCCUUGUGCCUCAAUAUGACAUUUGUUGACAAAAUAUUUACAUUAUAUACUCCAUAAAGAAACAACUGGUAACAUCAGAAUAAAGGUCUAUACACUAAUCAGGUUAGAGCUUCUGUGAUGAAUUUAAAUUAGAUGAUCGUAGUAAACUACCAAAGUGUUAUAAAGUACCUUAAUUUGUAUUCAAUUU